AUGCUGCGGAAGGUUGUCAGGCUAUACAACGCCAACGGCACCUGUGGCCACAACAACGAGGGCAGCCCCAUGUGGUACCACAUCAUCAGAGGCCUGGACCUCAAGGGCCUCCUCCUCUCCAUCUCCAGACAAGAGCUGGUCAGGGCCAAGUCCCAGAGCUGUGGGCUGUCCCUGAGGGAGUGUGCGAGCAGAGGAGCAAGGCUGGGGAAGAAAGUGGAGAAAAUCAUAGCUGUUUUCGAUUUCGAGGGGCUGAGCCAGAGGCAUCUGUGGAAGCCAGGAGUGGAGUUUGCCCAGGAGUUUCUCACAGCACUCGAGGCAAAUUACCCUGAGAUUUUGAGGAAUAUAAUUGUUGUGAGAGCUUCCAAGCUGUUCCCAGUGGCCUUCAACCUGAUCAAGCCGUACAUAACUGAGGAGAUGCGCAGGAAGGUGGUGAUUCCUGGAGAUGACUGGAAGCAAGAGCUGCCUAAGUUCACCAGCCCCGACCAGCUGCCUGUGGAGUUUGGGGGGACCAUGACUGAUACCGAUGGCAACCCCAAGUGCCUGACCAAGAUCAACUACGGGGGCGAGGUGCCCAGGAGCUACUACCUGCGCAACCAGGUGAGGGUGCAGUACAAGCACCAGGUGACCGUGGGCCGAGGCUCCUCCCUGCAAGUGGAGAACGAGAUCCUGUUCCCAGGCUGUGUGUGGCAGUUCGCAUCGGACGAGGUGGACAUCAGCUUCGGGGUUUUCCUGAAGACCAAGAUGGGGGAGCGGCAGCGGGCCGGGGAGAUGAUGGAGGUUCUGCCCAGCCAGCGCUACAACACCCACCUGGUGCCCGAGGAUGGGAGCCUCACCUGCCUCCAGGCCGGCGUCAACGUCCUGCGCUUUGACAACACCUACAGCCUGAUGCAUGCCAGGAAGGUCAGCUACACUGUGGAGGUGCUGCUCCCCGACAAGGCCUCCGAGGAGAAGAUUCAGAGUCUCGAGGCAACAAGACAGUCCCCACUGCAAUGAAGACCCUGGGCGCCCCUGUGCCUGUGCUCUCCAACCCCUUAGCACCCCUCCCUGUCCCCUGACCCUGCCCGCCGCCCCCAGGAAGGGCGGUGCUGGAGGUGACUGCAGAGAGCCACCCACCU